CGACUGUUGCGGGGGGCGGGGAACGUUGCUUCUUUUGCCUCGAGGCCAUUCGGUGAGGUGUAGAGAGGGAAACUUAUGCUGGUCUCUUUUCUCGCAAGCUGCCGAAUCAUUCGGAAUCUGGCUUUUGUUUGUAAAAUGGCUGUUGGUUUUCUAUUUGGUACACCAGGGGUUGGAAAAACCACGCUAGGCAAAGAACUUGCAUCAAGAUCAGGACUGAAAUACAUUAAUGUGGGUGAUUUAGCUCGAGAAGGGCAAUUAUAUGAUGGCUAUGAUGAAGAGUAUGAUUGCCCCAUUUUAGAUGAAGAUAGAGUAGUUGAUGAAUUAGAAAACCAAAUGAGUGAAGGUGGAGUUAUUGUUGACUACCAUGGUUGUGAUUUCUUCCCUGAACGCUGGUUUCAUAUAGUUUUUGUGCUGCAAGCAGAUAACAGUGUAUUGUACAAAAGACUUGAAACGAGGGGUUAUAAUGAGAAGAAACUAAAAGACAAUAUUCAAUGUGAAAUUUUUCAAGUUCUUUAUGAAGAAGCAUUAGCAUCCUAUAAGGAAGAAAUAGUACAUCAGCUGCCCAGCAAUAAACCAGAAGAUCUAGAGGAUAACAUCAAUCAGAUAUUAAAGUGGAUUGAGCAGUGGAUUAAGGAUCAUAGCUCCUGAUUUACAAGACUAGCCACUUUACAACCACUCUUGUUAUAUCCCUGCCAUAUUGAAUAAAUUGUCCAAUUAUCGGUAAAACUUUUUUUAUUAAAAUUGAGUGGCAAGACGAGUAGAUGGAUAGCCUAAAGGCUUAUGUGUGGGCUUUUUUUCCUCCACAAAAAAGCAAAACAUUCUCAAGUAUAGUGUAUGUAAUAUCAUUAAGGACUGAGACUAAAAACUGUCAUUUUAAAUGCUUCAUCUGCUAAAGAAUAAAUAAAUCAGACUACA